GCCACAGCUAAACCUGUCUGUCUGGUUGCCCUGGAACCUAGCUAUUCAGUGGUAGCAACACCCAUUUAAGGCAUAAUGUGAAGCUGUAUUUACGAAACCAUUGUACACGUGUUGUCCGGUUGUGUACAGAAUUAACGGAAGUCCAAUUUCUUAUCUAUUCAUUGAAACAUCAGAACCCAAUAUUACACAGUUGUUGCAAAUAGCUACAGAAGCCGUUAGCAGUUUAGCUACCAGGGAGGGAAUUGUAAUAAACUCGAUAUAUAGCUACACGCUAACUUUUUUGCAUCGUAACUGUAAAUGGAAUAGGUUGCAAGUUUGCACCAAUGAAAAACGGUAAGCAUUAGCUUUCAUGGCUGGUUCUCUCUCAGUAGCCAUACGGAGCGUUUGCGUCCCAGUGUAGUUUCGUACAGGUGGGAAAGAAUCGGUCGAGAUGGACGUGACGACAGUGGUGCGGUUUGCGGCAUACACCAGAGUCCUGACUCUAGUUUUACAGGCCACGUUUAACGCCGUGAUUCCGGACCACACGGCGGAUGCGUUCAGCCCCCCUCGUGCCGAGGAGGCGCGGCUCCUGGACCCCGCCGCGGAGACCCUGCUGGGGGGCCUCUCCCGCUGGGACGCUGAGCACUUCCUCUUCAUCGCCGAGCGCGGCUACCUCUAUGAGCACAACUUUGCCUUCUUCCCGCUGCUCCCGCUCAGCCUGCGGGCCGUGGCGGCCACCCUCCUCCAGCCCCUGGGCGGCUGGCUGACGGUGCGCGGGCGCCUCCUGCUGGCAGUCGCCCUGGGCAACAGCGCCCUCUUCCUGCUGAGCGCUGUGGCCCUGUACGGGCUGGGGCGUCUUGUGCUCGGGGAACGACGCCUGGCCCUGCUCGCCAGCCUGCUGUUCUGCCUCACGCCCGCCAACGUGUUUUUUGCCGCCGGGUACUCGGAGGGCCUCUUCGCCACGCUGACGUUUGGGGGGCUGUGGCUGCUUGAGAGGGGGUGCGUGCUGAGGGCCUGCCUGGUCCUCGCCCUGGCGACCGGUGCCCGCGCCAACGGCCUGGUCAACGCCGGCUUCCUGCUUUACCUGCCUCUGCAGUGGGGACUCGCCUGGGCCAGGGCGGUCCGUAAGGACGCAGGUGUGACGGGCAGGUGCCUCUGCUAUACCUGGAUCGCCCUCCGCUUCCUGCUCACGGCUGCCCUGGGCACCGCCAUCCUCACACUUCCCUUCGGUGUCUUUCAGUACUACGGGUAUUGGACGUUCUGCACGCCCUCGCUGGUGCCGGAGCAGGUGUCCCCUGCGCUCCUGGACCUAGCGCGGAGAAAAGGUUACAGGGUCCCAGACGCCACCCAGCCCCCUCCCCCCUGGUGCUCCAGGCCCCUCCCACUCCUCUACUCCUACAUCCAGGAUGUGUACUGGGACGUGGGCUUCCUGCGCUACUUCCAGCUCAGGCAGGCCCCCAACUUCCUGUUGGCCACACCCAUGGCUGUGAUCAUCGCCAUGGCGGCGUGGAGUUACGCUGCCGCUAAUCCAGCCUUGUGCCUCCGGCUGGGGCUUUGGGGCAAAGGACUAAAGCAGGGCUCCGAAAAACCAGCCUCUGGUUUCCACAACCCCAGGGUGUUUGUGUACGUGGUGCAUGCCACUGCUCUCCUGGGCUUUGGGGUGUUCUGCAUGCAUGUGCAGGUUCUGACCCGGUUCCUGGCCUCCUCCUCUCCUGUGCUGUACUGGUUCAGCGCUCACCUCCUUCUCCGCUACGAGCCUUUACUGCAGGAAGAGGGUCUCUGGGCUUCAGCAGAGGAGCAGCAGAGGCAGAAUGACACUGGCUCGGGGAUCCGCGGAUCCCCGUGGAGAGCUCCGUACUGUAACCCUGUUACCCGGCUGUUUCUCCAAUGGAGGAGCUGUUCUGCCGCGACGCGGUGGCUGCUGGGAUACUUCAUAUCCUAUUGGCUGCUGGGCCUGGCACUGCACUGCAACUUUCUGCCCUGGACCUGACAGUGGAUCCGGGGCUUUUGAGAGAAGGGAAAAGCUCUAACCAGCUUUAACAACUGUAUGUCACCGUCACUGUGAAAACACUGUCAGAGCAUUAUCUGUCAGCUGGGGGUUUGGAUGGGUUUCACUAUUUGUCUACACAGAAACUGUAGUGGUAUUGUCUGUCAAGAUAUCCACUGGACGCUAGUUAUUUCAAAAUUCAGCUAUGUGUAGACAUGUUUAGUUUGAAACUGCACUGAUGUGAAGCCACAGAGCCACUGGUCUUGAUCUGUCACCUCAAGCCACCACGAUUCCUGCUUAGCUUGCUGUG